AUGGCGACUACGCUCGUCCACCGAGGCGUCGCGCUCGGCGCCGCGCCUCGCGCGUCCGCCGCCGCUCGCCGCGUCCACCGCGUCGCCGCGACGCGCGGGAAGAGCGCCGCGACGCGCCGCGCCGCGAUCGUUCUCCGCGCGGGAGGUGCGCGCGCGCGGCGAUUGCGGCGUCGUCAUUCAUUCCGUCUCGUCUUCUCUCGCUCGGCACCGAACGACGAUGACGCCUACCUCGCGGCCGCGCGUCCUAGACGUCCGCUCACCGAUCCCCGACCCACCCACCCCCACCCCGCAGAAGAGCCGCCCGCGAGCGCGUCCUCCUCCGACGAGCCCGCGCCAACGCCAACGCCCGCGCCUCCGGUCAAGUCCGACCCGUUCGGGUUCGGGACGUCCACGGGCGAGCCCGAUCGCAUCGAGCCGGGGUUCGACACCGCAGAGGGCGGGAAAGUCGGUCCGGUGGGGACGUUCUUCAUCUCGGUGCUGCUGAUCGUUCUGUUCGGCGCGAGUUUCUUCUUCACGAGCGUGCCGAGGAACGCGAUCGAGGGGUUCGUGGACCUGAGCGACGACCCGAACGCGCCGACGAACGUGUUCAAGUGA